AUGGGUCGAUCUGCUGGUCCAGCUCCCACACGCUGGCAGCCUUGUCAACACGGCCUCGCCAUGAGCGGGUGGGCGGCCGACACGACGACCGACCAGCCGGCUCGCGGCUCGCAGACCGAUAGCGCGCGCGUCGUAUUCCAGGUCGGUCCUGUCGUCGAGCCGUCUUCGGCACCAACCUCCCUGUCGUCCAACGUCGCCGACAUGGACCACGGCGCGGCGAGCAGCGGCGACGACGACGUCUCGAUGGGCUUGCGACGCGCUCGAGGCUCGGUCGAGCGCACGGCUCGCAAGACUGCGACGAGUCGGCGCCCGCUCGGUGCAGCACCCGACCAGCACUACCUCGUCGACCUCGCCGCCGACGACUACCGCAUGCGCGACGACGACUCGUCGUCCGCGGACUCGAGCUCGUCGUCUGACUCGUCGAUCGAGCUCGACAGCGGCGCGUCGUCGUACGACUCGCGAGCGGCACCUCGCGCCGCCCUCUCGCCCGAUCCUCUUCCCCGCGCCUCGACGCCGUUCCGCACACCGUCCCGCGCUCCUCGUCCUCGCCGCCACGCCCACACGACUGUGCCCUCGCCGCCCAAGAGCGCUCGCACGCCUGUCGACCCUGCAGCCGUCUCGCGCGACCACCCUCUCCCGCACCCUCCCUUCGACUUCGACAUCCUCAACCACGCGCCGACACGGCAUCCGGCGCCGCCUGCAGCGUGGAAAGAGCCGUCCUCUCGCACGGCGCAGGAGGACAAGGACGAGGCGGCGCGGGCUGCCGAGCGCAGGAGGAGGAUCAAGCGGCAGCGCAGGCUGCGCGAGCCCGAGGCGGCGCCGUGGGGGUGGACGUGGACGUGCGAGAGCCUCGUCGAGCUGAGGAAGAACGUCGAGAGCAAGGGCAAGCAGAAGGAGACCGCGACUGACUACCGCUCGGCCGCCUUCUUCCCGCACGCCCAUCUACCCGGACUCUCGUACAUGUCGGGCGUCAUGGCCGUCGUCGGCGGCAGCAAGGUCAACCUGCACCACCUCGACUCGGCUUCGACCUCGACAAGCUCCUCAAAGCUCUCGCACCUUGUCUCCCACGAGAGUGCCGCUCGCCUGUACCCGUCACACCGCGACAAGGAGGAGUACCUCACCUGCGCCUGGUCCGUCAACAUCUCGACGCACCCGUACACGCCCAUGCUCGCCGUCGCAGGUCGAGGGCGCGUCAUCGACAUCUUCUUCAUCGGGCGCCGACCGUCGGGCGAGUGGCUGCUCCACAAGGACCGCACGCUCACCGGCCAUGGCGGUACGAUCCACGCCCUCGCGUUCCACCCCUCGUACCCGCACCUCCUCGCGUCCGCCAGCGAGGACAAGACGGUCCGCCUGUGCGACCCGACCCUGCCCUGGGGCUCGGACGCCAUCGUCUCGCGACGAGCGGGACCUGCGCGUGCGAGCGCCACCGAGACGGACACGGCGGGCGGCGGGAAGAAGAAGGCCAAGGGCAAGGCGGUCGGGCCGCAGAGCAAGGUCGAGGAGCGCAUUCGGCAGGCCGAGGGAGGGCGCACGAGCAGGCCAAGGGUAGAGGGAGAGCUCUUGGGCGUGCUCGCAGAGGGCGGACACGAAAAGGCCGUCAUGUCGUGCAACUUUCACGCCACGCUCGACGUCAUCGUCUCGGCCGGCAACGACGGUUUCAUCAAGUUGUGGCACCUCCCGCCGUCCGUCCUCGAGGCGACGCCCUUCUGGCCACACACGCCGCUCCACCGCCACCCUCCCUCACCUCCGCCGUUCGUCCAUGCACCGGUCAUCGGCCCGCCAAUCUUUUCCUCGUACGCCGUCCACCCCGGCCAGUGGCCCGACCAGGUCCUGUUCGCCUCGCCGACCACCUGCACCAUCCUGUCGAAGGCGCCCGUCUCGCACCCCGACGCGCGCUUCUCGCCUCGCACGAGCGUCAAGCUGUGGACCCCGACCGUCCUCGACGUCCUUCCGUCGCGCUCGGCCGAUCGUCGCGCCGCAGCAGUCGAGCGAGCGCGCAGUUUCGCACGCGCCACGUCCGAGUCGGCCGACGCGCCCGCGCUCCUGCCGCCGUCGGCCCCACUCCCGCCAUACGCGAGGAGCGACGGCGCGUUACGCGUCGCGUACGAGGCCGUCGUCGAGUCGCAGAACUGCGUCGGCGACUCGGUCGGGUGGUUCCGCCCGGCGCCGCACUCGCCGGCCGACCCUGAGCGGGACGGACCGGACGAGCCGUUCUUCGUCAUUGGGACGUCGACGCCGCUUCCUGUGCCGGCCGACGCCGCCGACGCCGACGAGGCGCUCUACUUCUACCGCCCCUUCGCGCCCAUUCCCCUCGGUACCGCCACGAGCCCUUCUUCCUCCACCUCCUCUUCCGCCGCGCCCGCUCGGUCAUUCCUCAGCAUCACCAAUUCCCCUACCGCAACUCGUCGACCGCCGACCGCCGCAGCUCGCGCCGCCGAGGUCGAUGCCGCUGCGGCCGCCCUCUUCCCGCCCGACCGCGACCGCUCGGCGCACGACUUUGCGCCGCGGCUCCUCCCGAGCGCCGUCGUGGACGUCGUACCGAGGGACGACGCGCGAGGUGGCGCAGGAGCGCGGCCGGCGCUGCACUGGAGGGCGCUCGCGGUCGGAGCGGGAGGGAUGGACGUGGUCGCGGUGGGCGACGGCGGGGCGGUCGCGGUCUUUCGGGCGCAGCGGCGGGACCGAGCAGAGGUCGUCGACGCGCUCCCCACAACUUCCGCGCCUCCGCCGUUCCCUCCCCGGCCGACCAGGGCCCCGUUGAGCGUGUUCGAUUCGAGCAUCUACGACGGCACCUGCCUGCUCGGCGCGGCAGCGACCGUCCUGUUCCAGCCAGCCGAGUUCCGCCGCGCAGUCUUCGCCCUCCUCCUCGAGUGCGGCGCCAGCCCGUACGCGGCGGGCGACAACGGCAUGGCGGCCGAGUGGGUCCUGUACCGGAUCAAGGGCGAGCAGGAGAUGCGCGAGUGGUGCCUGCACGAGCUCGGCCGGGCCAAGGAGGCCCAGCGCAACAUGGUGCGGUACGAGGCGCCGAGCGAGGUGCACGACUGGAUCGAGAACGAGCUCGCGGCGCUGGACGCCGAGGUCGAGUACGAGCACGAGCCCGAGCAGGUCGACGACGAGGACACGCCGAUGCAAGACUACGACGAGCUCGACAACCUCGACCGCCACGAGCCGAUCCAGGCGCCGCCGGCCAAGCGUCCUCGCGUGCUCUCGCCCCUGCCCGACUACGAGGACGCCGAGCACCUCGCCGAGCGCUCUCACCCGUACCUGUACGUCGACGCACCCUACGCGGCGGCAGGGCACGCUCGAGCGCGCGACGAGCCCGUCCAGGACCCGCCUCGCCCGUCGCCGGCAGUCGGUGGAUCACGCCCUUGGUCGAGCGCGCCAGGCGGCCUCACGCAGCACGAGGCGCGCGUGUUCGCGCCCCUCAUCGGCACGCUCCGCCGCGCCCCGAACGGUACGGCCCUCGCGUCCAGGGUGGGCCAGGAACUGCCGCAGUUCAACUCGGCCGUCUACAAGCUCGACCCGGACCUGAGCACGUGGCGGCCGUACGUCGCUCGCGCCGAGGAGCUCGGUCUCGUCGAGCUCGGGAGAGGCGCGGUUCAAGGGAGAGACUGGGUCCGCUUGCGUCCCUCGUACCUGCACGAGACGCCUCGGCGACAUGAUUCGCCUCCGCCGACGUCCUCCUCGACCACCUUCCCGUCAGAGGCGCACAACCGGCCGCCGAGCACCGGCCCUCCUCAAGCGCGCCCACCUUCUCCUCCUCGACCUCCCGCACACCUCCGUCGUCCGCCACCUCCACCACUCCUACCUCUUCAUUCGCCACACGAGCCGUCCUUCCCGCACCCGACGACCGCGAGCGCGGCCGAUGCCGCCCAGACCUCGACCUCGGUCGGCUCGUUCGCCUCGUCGGCGCCCCGCCAGCCGCUCGAGCCGGACCGAGGUGGGCUCGCCGGCUCCCCGAAGCUUUCGCAGCCGCCGCCAGAGCGGAUCGGCCCGCCUCAAGAAGCGCCAGAACCCGUCGUCAUCGACCGCCGCGAGCCGAUCUUCCCCAAGCGCAGACGCUCGCCGUCCCCUCGGCCCGACUACCGCAGCACCGAGCGCGCCGCCCCGCCUCACUCGAGCUCCACGUCGGCGUACGUCCAGGGCGGCGGCACGAGGCGCGUUGGCGACGGCGAGGAGGUCUCGCGAGCGGCGUCCCGUCCUGCGCCCGUACGAGCGCAGCUCCCGCCGCGGCCGAGGUGGGCGUCUCGCCUGCACGACGACGACGCAGACGUCUUUGAGCCCCUCGUCGAGACGCUCCGCCCCAUGAAAGCCGGCAGGCGUUGGGUGAGGGGCUCGGACGUCGGGGAACGCAUGCGUCCCUGGUUCCCCGACGUGUACAAGCGCGACCGGCGCCUCGGCGCGUGGAAGGCGUACGCCGAGCGCGCGCACAAACUCGGCAUCAUCACGCUCCAGCCUCUCUCGAACGCGCAGGACGAGGUCCGCCUCGCCGCCGAGUUCGACGUUCCGGACAGUCGGUCCCCGUCCCCUUUCCGGUACACCCGCUCGCCCCGCAUCCCUUCGCCCGACCGACCCGAGCGCUCGACGACCGCCCUUCCUCCUCGUCCUGCGCCCUACCAGCCGACAUCGAUGCCCCCGACGCACCCUCUCUUGCUCGCCGAGCCGUCAACGACCGUCAGCGAGCGCGGCCCGACGACGACGAGCUCCUCGUCGACCGACAAAAUCGGCCAGUCGUGGGAAGCCUUCACGGCGAGCAGGCAGAAGCCGAGCCCGACGACCAGAUCGAGCGUCCCGGGCGUACCCGUCAUGCCCCGUGGGUCGUCGGGCGCCACGCCGCCGUCGAGCACGUCAUCCUCGCCCGUCGUUCCACCCGUGCUCGGCGCCUCGAGUGCGCCUCUCGCCGCCAGUGCGCCUCCCGCCAGGUCGCCCGGCCAGUCGACCUCGUCGACCUCGUCGUCCUUUGUCGCCGCAACUCGAGCGCCCGAGGGCUCGGCGGCGUCGGUUGCGCUCGUCACGGGGCCGUCAGCCGCCUCGCUCGGCGUCGCAGGAGGCGCUCGGCCGGCGCCGAGUGACCCGUCUUUGCCGUCGAUGGUCUCGCCGCGGCUGCCCGAGCCGUCGAGUGCGUCACACUCGGCGCCUGAUCCCGCCGUCGCCGACCGCCGCGAGCCGAUCCUCGUCAAGCGGUCGCGCUCGUCGUCGCCCAUGCCCGACCAACCUGUCGCCGAGCCCGUCGUCAAGCGCCAGAUGGUCAUCCCGCCGCUCGCCGUCUCGACCGACAUCCUGAAGCCUGUCGGUGGGCGCGACGAGCCCGCACGCGCACCGCCCUGCCCGGCACCGGCACCUGUUCCCGCCGCACCCGCACCUGUUCCCGCACCUGCGGCCGUUCCGCGCCGGCCGCGGGAGGCGUCGCGCCUGACGGACGACGAGGCGCACGUCUUUGAGCCGCUCAUCAAGACGCUGCGCAGCAUGAAGGCGCGCGACCGGUGGGUCCUCGUCUCGGACGUCGGGCGCCGCAUGUGCCGCGAGUUCUACGACGUCUACCGUCGCGACCCGGCCCUGUCGUUCUGGAAGCCGUACGGCCAUCGCGCUCAAGAGCUGCGCAUCAUCACGAUCGACGAGCGCGAGAGGAAGCCGAGCCUGAUCUGCCUCACCGCCGAGUUCGCCACCGCCCGUGCACCUCAACCCUCGCCUCCACCGUCUACGAUCGCGCCAGUCGUGCGCCCCGAGCACUCGACCACCGUCCUGCCGCCCCGGCCGAGCUCCCUACUCCUCGACCCGGCCUUCUCCGUCCCGGCACCGCCUCCUUCGCUCGAGCCACCAGGUCACGUCGUCUCGACUACCGUACGGCCCACGUCGGCCGGCCAGGGCGGCGCCGCCUCGACGAGCUCGCCCUCGGCCGACGAGAUCGGCCAGUCGUGGCGCGAGUUCACGGCAAACCGGCAGAAGCCGCGCUCGUCGGCCCCGUCGAUCAUGCCAGGGCCGACGAUCACGCGGCCCACGCAGUCGGGCGCGGCAUCGUCGUCGACGACGUCGGUCUCGGCGGCUGCGCAGCCCGUGCCCGGCGCCUCGAGUACGCCUCUCGCAGCCGGUGCGCCUCCCGCCGGGUCGCCUGGCCAGUCGACGUCGUCGUCCUCCGUCGCCGUCCCUCGAGCGCCCGAGGGCUCGGCGGCGUCGCCGGGCUCGUUCGGUCCCGGCUCGUCGACUACCUCACUCGGCGUCGCAGGAGCCGGCCCGGCGGCUUUGAGCGACUCGUCGGCCCUGCCGAUGCGCGUCAACUUGCUCGACGUGCUCCGCGGCGACCGUGCGCGCGAGCGCUCGCGCGACGCGCCGCAGCGUCCCCUCGCGGACGAGCCGCUCGGACCUCGGGUCGUCCAGGGCGACCUCACGCCGGUGUCGCUCGAGAUGGCUCGGUCCGCCUCGGUCGUCUCGAUGCCUCAAGACGUCGUCGGCCUGUCGGCGUCGGCAGCGGACUCGUCCAUGGCCAUGACGAGGCGCGCGACCAGCCCUUCCACCGCUCGACCUGCACCAUCUCUCGGCGCUCCCGGCCUCGACACGUCGUCCGCCGUUAGCGCGGUUGCGCCGGCGGCGUCGGCUGUCGCACAAGGGCCUGCCGUGCCGGCCUCGACGAGCAUGGGCCCUCCCUCGACGGCGUCGCUCCACUCGUUCGGAAGGCGAGUUGCGCCGCUCGCCGCCGCCGCACCCGUCUCGUCCGCCGCCUCGAGCUCGGCGUCGGCCGUGCCCGAGCGUGACCCAAGCGCCAGGGCGAGCGAGGUCAAGAAGCCACCGCCGCCGAGCACGGCAAGCGCCGCGCCGAGCGGAUGGACGCCGAGCGCGACCCAGUCGCUCGGCUCGUCCGUGUCGGGCGCCGACUUUGCGGCGCUCGGGACGGCUACGGCCGCAUCGGGCCCGCCGCCGCGAUCGGUGUCGCGCCUGCCUCGACUCGCCCGUCCGCCGCCGCCUCCUCCAGUCGCUCGCCCUCGCCCUCCCUCGUCCACCCCUCGUUCAGUCGCCUCUUCCGCCUCGUCCGCACCCGAUCCACCUCCUCCCGUACAACCGGCGCCGCCGUCGCAGCAGACGUCGACCGUGCACCCCGGCUGGGCGCCGACUUUCCCGAGCGCGCUCGCCCCGCCGGGCCCGGCCGCCUCGAUCCCGCGCGCCUCGAGCCACGACCGGCCGCCGCACUGGAACACGUUCGCCCCGACCGCGUACCCGAGCACGACCAUGCCCUCCUUCACGCCCACCGCGCCUGCCGCCUUUGCCAGCGCCGCUCGGGCCCCGGCGCAGCAGCGCGUCGCCGGCUUCGUCACGGUCGAGGUGCACCUCCUGCCGCCGUACGCGACCGAGAACGUCCUGCGCAUGUACCUCUUGCGCGGGCCGUCCGUGUUCGAGAGCCUGCCGAGCGCGGCGCAGCUGGACCAGCUCGACGCGCUCGUUCGCGGCGGCGAGUUCCGCAGCGCGGCGGCGCAGCUGCAGCAGCAGCGGCAGCACGACGAGCCGCCGCCGGUCCCGAAGCGGGUCCAGGUCGUGAUCGACGAGAAGCCCGGGCUCGCGCAGGACCGACGGUGGGCGCAGGUGACGUACAAGACGAGGGCCGACGCCGACCGGGCGAGGGCCAUCUUCAACGGCAAGAGGCUCGUCGAGGGUCCGGCGGGCAUGGGCGAGCAGGGGCUCAUGUGGAUCGAGCAGGGGUCCGAGAUCGCGAGGUUCAGGACGCAGGCGUUCCGCUGAGGAGGGACGAAGGAGGAGGAGGAAGCCGCUUUCGCUUUUCUCGGCGUGCAACUCUGCCGCAGCUUUCACGUA